GGUUGGCGCAAGGUGAGUGCAGUACUCGGCGCCGCCUCUGCUCGGCGCUCUCCGCUGGCCCGACGCGACGCGACGCUACGCCGUCCGUCGCCGUGACGCGCUUUAGCAGCCUCGCGCGUGUAUGCUAGCCAGCCCGGCGCUGCGCGUCGCUCCGCUAACUUUCAUUUCACUUACGAAGACGAUGACGACAGCCCGGCGGACCCCUUCCAAUCACACACCGACGUGACGGCGUCAAAAGGGGACGACUCGAAGAUGGAGAAGGAGGGCAGAGUGACACCUGCCGAGCCGACUUGUCACUCGGGGAGGAGAACCGAGUCGGCCGAGCGACAACGCGGCGGCUCGAACCGUCAUGUGAUCCCAGCGAACCUCCCCCGCUUGUCCCGGCGCGGGCCAAAAGGCAAGCAUUCGGGCGCAGGCCCGAAGUGGAGCCCACCGUCGGACGUUAUCGGCGUUGACUUGUCCUGGAGAGCGAAGUCAUUUCAGCCUCCCUCGGCGACAACAAAGAGCAAUGACCCCCGUGCGCCAAGCCGCGUUGCGGCUAACGACUCGGCGGACGCACGGAGACGAGCAACAGGUUGGAGGGACUCCAGAUCGGCGAAGACGCCGACGCCCGCUCAGGGCGACUUGGCCCAGUUUGAGGUGAAAAUGUCUGACUUUCCGCAACUGGACGCCGACCCCUCGCGCGCUCACAAAGAGAGCCGGGGGCCGAAAGGGACGGCCGAGGGACGCCGGCCUGCCUCGGAGUCAAACUCUCCGCGGCCGGAUGUGCAUCAGCAGAAGGCCGCGGGAGGAUCCCGGAUUCUGCCCGACUCCCGACAACGUGACAACGGCACCGCCGCAAACCCGCCGCCGCCGGCUACUUUGUGGGCCGACGUCGCUUCUCAGCCGCCGAAAAAAACCCUGCGGAUGCCCAAGGAAACGGCCGCGCAGCUGCCGGAAGAGGCGACGGCGGCGGGCAGGAAAAAGCGCAAGAAAAAGAAGGCGGCGAAAGAAGCCGAUGACGGCGCGGAAGCGGAGCCAUCGACGGUCCAACAGGAGCCGCCAAAGUUUGAGGAUGAAGAGGAGUUUCCCGGUCUGGCCCCGGCUCCGACUCGGCCCGUUCGACCGGCGAGCAGUCGAAAGACGGAAAGCCAACAAGAUGCCGCCCAAACGCCACCCUCGGAGGCAGCAAAGAAAGGACAGAAGAUCUCCAGGAAGAAGAGCAAAGCUCCCGUGCAGCUGGACAUCGGCAACAUGCUGUCUGUCCUGGAGGACAAGCACAAGUCUCAGAAAGUCAAGCACAACAUCGUCGCAGUGGGCGGAGGACUUCCCGUCAUCCACAAGCAACCGGCGCCCCAGAAGAGGACGCCCCGGCAGCAGGACAAAAUCGCCCACAACCCGCUGGAUUCCACCAGCCCGCUGGUGAAGAAAGGCAAGCAGAGGGAGGUGCCCAAAGCCAAGAAACCCACGGCUCUCAAGAAGGUCAUCCUCAAAGAAAGAGAGGAGCGGAAGCAGCGACGUUUGCUGGAGGAAACGGCGGUGACGCCUCAACAUGAUUCCACGGUUGAUGCUCAUGCGGCAGAAGACGAGCGCUGCGACGCCGAGCUGACAGCCGAGGCCGUCGGUGCCGUUUUGGCCGGUGACGAGCAGCAACCCAACGAAAGCGGCGACGAGCGGCGGAGCCUCCCGCGGGACUCGGCCGUCGCGGUCCCGGACGGACCCAAAAUCCACAGCAGGAAGUUCAGAGAGUACUGCAGCCAGAUGCUCAGCAAAGACGUGGACCGGUGCGCCAGCUCGCUGCUGAAGGAGCUGGUGCGCUUCCAGGACCGCCUCUACCAGAAGGACCCCAUGAAGGCCCGCAUGAAGCGGCGAGUGGUGAUGGGCCUGCGGGAGGUCCUCAAGCACCUCAAGCUCCACAAGGUCAAGUGCGUCAUCAUCUCGCCCAACUGCGAGCGCGUCCAGUCCAAAGGGGGCCUGGACGAGGCGCUGCACAAAAUCAUCGAGACGUGCCGGCAACAGGAGGUGCCGUUCGUCUUCGCCCUCUCCCGCAGGGCGCUGGGGCGCUGCGUCAACAAGAUGGUGCCCGUCAGCCUGGUGGGCAUCUUCAACUACGACGGCGCUCAGGACUACUAUCAUCAGAUGAUCGAGUUGUCUUCGGAGGCCAGGCGGGCCUACGAGGAGAUGCUGGCGAGCGCCGUCCUCGACCUCUCCGAAGAGCGCGGCGCCGCCGAGGCGGAGCCGGACUCUGGCGAGCCGGGAUACGGCCAGCUGUGGAAGAAGCUGCUCGAGAAGGAGUCGGACGAGUCGGCCCACUUGGACGCGUGGCCGGAUGAAGAUGAAAAUGGAGAUGGAGAUGAAGAUGACGAGACUUGACGGCGAUGAGGUUCUCCCCAAAGUAAGAGAGGAUUUCUUGGA